AUGGAAAGCAGCGGGAAAACGAGGGUUCCAGAGGGUCAUUCGGUGGUCAAAAGACUACAAAGCGAGUUGGUGCAACUUAUGAUGUCGCCGUCUCCUGGGCUAAGUGCUUUCCCUGAAAGCGAAGAGGAUUUGACGAAAUGGAGUGGUAUUGUUACGGGGCCCGAGGGAACCCCAUAUGAGGACUUGAAGUUCAAAAUCGCUUUGGAGUUUGCACAGACGUAUCCAUACACGGCGCCCAAAGUUCGGUUUGUGAGUCCUAUGUGGCAUCCGAACGUAGACAUGAGCGGGAACAUCUGUCUGGACAUUUUGAAAGACCAAUGGUCCGCAGUUUACAACGUGCAGACGAUCCUUUUGUCGCUGCAAUCGUUGUUGGAAGAACCUAACAAUAGCUCUCCGCUGAAUGCAGUUGCCGCAGAUUUGUGGGACAAUGACAUGCAGGAAUACAAGAAAAAAUUGUUGGCGCGCUACGAAGAAAUCGAGGACUGA